GGGGACUGAGGCAGUAGAGAGGCGAGAGCCCGGCAGCCGCUUCGCACUGUGUUUGCUGCGCGGGCUUUUGGAGGGGGCGGCCGUUGAGUCGGUCCAGGAGAAGCGGGCACCGGCGGCGUUGGUGCUGGCGCCUGGGGGCGGGGGAGUGGGGAGGCGAGAAGGGGGGUCGCUGCGGUGGUUCUCUCGCUGUCGCGCUCUCCUUGCCUUUCUCUCGGCUCGGUGGGCUCCCCCCGGCGUCUCACUCGCUUCCGGGGCCCCGCUCCCCGCCCCCCGCGGUAUGUCUUGAUCCCGAGCAGCGGGUUUCAUGGGGCUCCUUAGGAUUAUGAUGCCGCCCAAGUUGCAGCUGCUGGCGGUGGUGGCCUUCGUAGUGGGGAUGCUCUUCUUGGAGAACCAAAUCCAGAAAUUGGAGGAGUCCCGAUUGAAGCUAGAAAGGGCUAUUGCAAGACAUGAAGUUCGAGAAAUUGAGCAGCGACAUACAAUGGAUGGUCCUCGGCAAGAGGCAGCGCUGGAUGAGGAAGAGGACAUGGUGAUCAUUUAUAACAGAGUCCCCAAAACUGCAAGCACCUCCUUUACCAAUAUUGCCUAUGACCUGUGUGCAAAGAAUAAAUACCAUGUUCUUCACAUCAACACUACCAAAAAUAAUCCAGUGAUGUCACUACAAGACCAGGUAAACACCUCAUCCCACCCGCUGCGGCCCAUGUAUUUAAUAACUUCUCUGUUAAGGUGUUUGACCUUUGAUGAAUGUGUAGCCGAGGGCGGCUCAGACUGUGCUCCGGAGAAGCUCUGGCUUCAAAUCCCAUUCUUCUGUGGCCACAGCUCCGAAUGCUGGAAUGUGGGAAGCAGGUGGGCUAUGGAUCAAGCCAAGUAUAACCUAAUUAAUGAAUACUUUCUGGUGGGAGUUACUGAAGAGCUUGAAGAUUUUAUCAUGUUGCUGGAAGCGGCUUUGCCCCGGUUCUUCAGGGGCGCUACAGAACUCUACCGAACAGGAAAGAAAUCUCAUCUUAGGAAAACCACGGAGAAGAAACUCCCAACUAAACAAACCAUUGCAAAACUGCAGCAGUCUGACAUUUGGAAAAUGGAGAAUGAGUUCUAUGAAUUUGCUCUGGAGCAGUUCCAGUUCAUCAGAGCCCAUGCUGUACGGGAAAAAGACGGAGACCUCUACAUCCUUGCACAAAACUUUUUCUAUGAAAAGAUUUACCCUAAAUCGAACUGAGUACAAGGUGUGACUCUUAGGUUCUUGAACUAAAACUUUGACCCUGUCUUCACGUUAGUUCUCGGCCCCACAAGUCAGGUUGCUGAUUGGUGUGUAAGACCGUGUGUAUUGAGCCAAGUUAGGGAACAGUAACACCAAGGAGGUAGAUGCUGGCUGGUAAGUUUCAGUGGCCUAAGAGGUUUCAGUUUCGGCCUUUUUUUCUUCUUCCUUUUUUUUUCUUUUUUCCUGGUUAAAUUUUGGUGGGAGUUAUAAUCUCCUGCUUGGAAAAAGCCUACACAUCACCUAAAAUAAACACAUAGCAGGUCUAAUUGGAGGCUAAAUACAAUUUUAAACACAAGUUCUGAUACUGUCUUUUUGAUAAAGCAUUUUUUUUCCAGCUAACCAUGAGUGAAGAUGAAUCCAUUUGCUACUUCCGCCCUCACCUGGAGGUUUGGGUUAUACACCUCUACUGAAUAGUGUUAUUAACUGUUUGGCAGUGUGUGUUUUGUUUUUGUGAAUCAUGUCUCAUGAAAUUCAUUGGAAUGUUUGAUCCUAUUUGCUAAGAAUGUUUCUGCUGUAGUUGGAAUUGCCCACAUUUAUGUAGGUCGUUUUAAUAUUCUUUAAAAAAGAAAAACUGAUCAUUAGUGUUAAAAACCAAUUUUAAAAGAGUCAAAGCAGUAUUUCUCAUUCCCGUCUCCCCAGUAUCUAAGAUUGGGGAGAUACUUCAAAGAAUGUUGACAUUGUCAGGAGUUUUAAUUAAGGCUUCCACACAUUAAUAUCAAAAAAGUAAGUUUAGUAUUUGUUCCUCCAUGGGUUAUUUGUAGAGCGGUAUACUGACAUAUUGGUGAUUCCAUAUUUUAACUCCAUUAGUGAGCUGUGGUAUGGGUAGGAUUUUCCUACUUCUGUACUUUUACUUGUAGACUAUUUUUACUAAGGUGCUUUAUAAUGUGUUUUAAAGCAUUGCAUUUACAAAAAAAGAAAGGAAAUUGCUGUAAAUAUUGCAUAUUUUAUGUAUUUGGACCAAAAGGUUGUAAGUAAUUACGUAAAAGUGGUUUUGCACCAGUUUUAUUACUCAAGUAAAAUCAUCAGACCUACUGUUCUUGUAGUUCUCAAUUAACUUUACUGUUAAACAUCACUGAAAUGAACUUCAGUAACCUUUCAAUUUUGAUACACAGAACAUUAUUCAUAAUUGGGGGCAGUAAUUAGAGUGGAAAGAGUACUGGCCAAGGAGUCAGAAAAUUUGAUUUCUGGUCCUGGCUCUGCCACUUAUCAGCCGUGUGAUCUUGGGCAAGUCACUUAACCUCUCUUUGCCUCAGUUUCCUCAUCUUGAAAUGAGGAGACUAAUACCUGCUGUACCUACCUCACAGGGGUGUUGUGAGGAAUAAAUGAGACGGCACGUGAAAGCACUUUGGAAACUGUUAACGCGCUGUAGAACCAUAAGGGGUGAUGGAAACAUCUAUCACGUACAGUUCCGUACCGUUCAUUUUUUAACAAAGAAGGGAAAAGUCUACUUCUAACCUGGUUUGAAAAAACGGUUAAUCUUGAUAUAAAUUUGUGUUCGAUAAGUA